GCGACAGGCCUUCCCGUUUCGGCCUUUACAGUAGUAGAGGUAGAGUUGAAACAUAAACAAUGGCCAAGUCAAAGAAUCAUACCAAUCAUAACCAGAACCGCAAGGCUCAUCGUAACCCCAUCCGCAAGCCUAAGGUGCUGAUUCACGCAUCUAUGGGAGGAGUGGACCCUAAGUUCCUCAAGAACCUGAAGUAUGCACGCAAGCACAACCUUACACCCAAGGCACAGAUGGAGAGAUACAAGGAGAGACAAGCCGAGAAGGCUGGUAACAAGGAAUAGAUGGGUUGACUUUUGCCAUCCCACACACCACCUUGGGAUGUUCUUCCUUGCAUUUUGUAAUACAGAAAUAAAGAAAAUGUAAGGUUGA